UAUUCUAUAGUAAGUAAGUACUGUAGUAAUCUAUAGUAAACUGUGGUAUUUUUUCAUGUGGGUUGCUUAAAAAAAACGUAUCAAGUGUGAGCCUACAAAGCUCCCUAUAGGACAGUUAUUAACAGCUGGUAAGUGGCGUGGGAAUUGGGGGCCAAUUGCCUGAGUGCAGUUUAACGCUGUUCUGUUGUCUGUUUGUACUUAUUUGUAUGUAUAUACUCAACCAUGAUGGUUCCAUUCAUUAUUGUUUUUUCUGUUGCCUACUUCUGUAUCUCAUUUAUAUUAAAGUAUUUUUACAUGCUGUAUGUCCUUUCUACACUAUAAUUUAUAACACUGGAAUCAAAACUGCUAGUUGAUAUACAGGGGACCUUUAUUGUGAAGGCUCAACGUACAUACAUUUCACCAGAAGUGAUUCCCCAGUCAGAGGUUCGAGCUAACUAGUUUGUUUACAUUGAGAGGUAUCUUAAAUUAUCUUUGAGGAAAUAUUGAAAGUUUAUGAAAAUUGUCACGAAAUUACCUUGUCUUGGUGUCAACUGUGCUGUGUGGACAGUGACCGCGCAGAGGAGACCACACACACUUUGGAGACUCUCUUGCCUGAUUACUAUGACCACACUUUGUGCUCAUACCAACCACUGGGAGAAACACAUUUCAGAUCCUCCCUGAAGUUGAAACUGUGCUCUGAGGAAGAAGUCCACAAGUGGUUGAACGACUUCCAGAGAUCAUCAGGCUUGACUUGGAGGAAGUCAAAGACCUAUCCCAAUGAUGACGGGAGUAACAAGAAUAGAGUGGACCUAAGAUGCCAGCAUAAUACAAGCUCCAUUUCAGCCAGAAGUACCAAAAACACUUGUUGUGGUGCAAUAAUGUACCUCAUCCUGAAGAGGGCCAUUCAUACCCAACAAAGAGAAUCAAGGUCUGCAGAUCCCCAUAUGAAAGCAGGUUACCUCUUUCAUGUCUGUCUACGGAACAACUACAAUCACAGUCUGACAAGUGCUGAGGUGCUGAAGAGGAGAGAUGUGUCAGCGGACACCAUUGAGAAAUUGACAAAGCUGUUUGAAAUAAGCCACUCUCCUUCAUCAGCUCUAAAAACGAUCAAAUAUGAGUUGCAAGUGGAGUAUGGAGACAACCAUGUGCAUGCCUCUGUGGACCGCUCCAUUUGCCCCGACCUUCAGUUCUGCUACAAGUCAGUGGCUUGACACACUUGAACUUCUGAUUCAUAAAGUGUAUUUAAAUGCUAUCACCAGAAAUAGUAUGCUUUAGGUGUGUUCCUCAUUUGUCCAUUACAAAUUGUACAUCGCAUGUAGAGAAGAGGAUUGAUGAUUCUAACAAGCAUCUGGAUAACUGCAAUGAAGAAGAAUGUUCACCAGAAUGCUAUGUUUUCGGUAUGUUCCUCAAUAACUGAAUAAAUCAAAAAUGUCGCAACAUUAUCCCUGACAGGCAAUAUAGAAGACUAACAAUCUGGUUGUUUGAUAGUUGUAAUUCUCUCCUCCUUCAUUAGACUGUGGUAGCGUGUCUUAGGACACCGUUGAAAUCGAGUGUGCUCCAGCUUCUGAUGUAAACGGCUCAGGUAAAUCUACAAUGUCACAACAACAUAUCUGAUAUCAAGUGAAGGGCUCCAAUUGAAGACUGUAUACCUAUAACUCAUUUGGUAAUCUGAAUGAUGGUUGUAAUUCUAAAACUAUGGCUGUAAUGGAAGAGUGGAUGGAGAUCUUUGAAGACCUCAAAAAGAAGAUGAGGGAGGAUCCUGUGAGUUUCAGGCCUGCAGUAGAAUCCUUCGUUUCCAGCUUCAAGAAGAUGAAAACAGACUGAACUCAUAGCCGCACCAUCAAACUUUGGCAAAACCAACCCUGGACCAACAGCAAAGUUUCGCCGGGGACGGGCACGCCCCGCAAAGAGCUCCAUAGGAGAGCAUGGACAUGGCACAUGUAGCUGGAACAGGAAGGCAACCCAUUCAAUGUCUCAGUGUAUGGAAUAACACAUGGACAUUGGGAGUACUACACAAAAAAAGCAAGUCAACAUCAGUGGCCCCCUGUGCCCAUCAUCCACCUGCGUACCAUCUGUGUCCUCCAGUGCACUAGCGCUCUGCCCUCAAACACCACCCAUCUGCCUGCCAGCUCUAGGUAUCCUCCGCCUUAAACACAACCAGUGGCUAUUUCAAUGCAUUGUGGCCGCUCCAACACCAGACCCAGUGGCUAUUUCAAUGUAUAGCAUUCUUGCAUUUUGGUUUUACGUUCAUUCAAUGUAAGACGUUUCUGCAAUUCCAUGUUGAAGGACCAGCAGCAGUUGUAGGCCUACAGGCCUAUACAAUCACUGAACCAAAACAGUAGUUGUCAUGACUUUGCUGAGUCUUAAAUAUAAAAAGCAUUUAUUUUUGUAUAUACUGGUAUAUGUUGUUCAUCAAGUUGUGUCCUUUUUAUGUUGAACAAAUGCAAGAAUAGCAUUCUAAUGAUGGGUUGUAACAGCCACACAAUUACAUGUUUUAUUAAAUGUUUAUUUGUACAUUUAAAAAUAUAUAUCAUAUGUAAUAUAUCCUCAUGAGAACCAGCAAAAAAAUACGUUAUUUUUGAUUACAUCACAUUAAUGUUUGGGGUGAAAUAAUUCGGACUUGGUUAGUAAAUGUGUACAGUAAAAAACAGUUAGCACACCCUGAUGUCCACUACAUUAGACAUUUAUAAACAAGCUCUUAUUUAGCUCUUACUUAAUGUGAAGAAAUUAUUACACUUUUUGUUUUACUCCCCAAUCUAUUCCUGAGAUUUUUCCUCACUAAAAACAAUUCUUAUAUCAAACUCACAAAAAAAUAUAAUUACACAUAAAUUCGUUUUACCAUGUGGUAAUUGCGAUUGGCAGCCAAUUUGAAGAACCAGUAAGAGAAAGUUACCAAUGUCACAUCCCUGACACACACGUGAUAUCAUUGAAAAGCCCAGAAACUCUCAAAGGUACAGGACUGAACACAGUAAAAUGUAUGACGUCAAUGAUACGGACCAAGAACCAAUGUCCAUUAGUGUGGACAAAAAUGAAUUGCUGGGUCUCAGGAGAAAGAGACAUGUCGUUGGGGGACUUUUAUUUUGAAGUUGUGUUACACAUGACCUUUUCACACGGAUCGUGCAAUCCGGGUUCCUUGGAACGUCCCUACCCUAAAACCACAGAUAUAACAAUACACAUCUUUGCUAAAACCCUAACAUUAACCCCUAACCCUUACCUAACCUUACCCUUACCUACAUUUCAAGUUCCAACGAUCCCGGAUAGUACUUUUUUUCUUUUCUUACCCAGGUUGUCAUGGUGACGACGUGUGUUUGAGGAAGGGGACACGGACUUGCAGCAAGAGCGUCAGGCAACAGCACAAACAACAUACCAACAACAACGUCCAGAUAUUUAGAUUGUUCAUCAAAAUAAUACUAGCUAGCUAACCUAAAGCUCAGGAUGGAUGACUCUGCUGAGGUUAUAAACUUCUCAGCGCUGGAGCGGGAGUUGCAGUCUGCUGUUGAAGCAGACAAGAAAUAUCAAAGAGAAAAUGAUGCAAAGUUUCGUGCUCUACACCAGAAGGUUGGAACUUAUGAGGAGUUUAGAGACAUAGUCCUGGCAUCCCACCUGAAACCACUGGACAGGAAGGAUAAAGCUGGAGCUCCUCGCAAACAGCCCUGGAAUGCCCUCGCCUCCACUGUCAAAGGACAGAACCAGACUAGCUGUGAUGAAAUAGGCCUAAAGCCUCAGUUGUCAGAGUUCCAGCCCAAGACAGCGUCAGAGUUCAGCCGGGACUGGCGCAGGUUCAGCAGUGAAAACCCAGAGGAUAAAUACAGCCUCCUGCUCUCCCUAGGUGGAGAAGGCCUUCGGGACAUCUUCAGGGCUGAAGUGGGGUUCGGCCUACUGGGGGAGUUCCUUGUGUUCCUAUCCAGGGGUCUCCAGCCAGGGGAUGAGGCUACGGUGAUAGGGGUCCUGGAGGGGCUGUCCAAGACCCCCAGGUUUGGCCUCAAUAUGUCCUUCCUGAGCCGGGCUGAGAGGGAGGCAUGUGGAGAGCUGUUUCAGAACCUGAGGAAAGCAUCAGCAGCAGGGAAUAGCAGUGUCAGAGGACCUGAAGAUGAUGUCAUUGUCCAUGGAAGUAAUGUGGAAGAGAUUAAAGAGGCACAAGAUGAUGAGGCAGAGACUCUGUGUCCAGGACCAGGACAGACCAGUGAGGCUGCCGGAGGAAGCAGUGAUACUGAAACUUUAAAUGGUAUAAUGCAGUUGUAUGGGGUUCAAACUGUCUCUCCUCCUCAGUAA